AAUUCUAUCCGGUUGGGUAUAUUUACCAACCUUUGCAGUCUUUAUAUGUCUUAUUCUCAAAAUUUUAAAAACUGUGUCCCAAAGUGGGCCUUUUACCGUAGUUUUAAUCUGUGCCAAAAAUAUGAGUUUCCAAAUAAUUCAGUGGACAUGUGGCAACACUGCUCAACAUAUCGUUUGCUAUCGGCGUGUCUUUAUGAUAUACCGUCUUCGCUAUAUAUAAACAACCUCAACACUUCACAACGAUUAAAAGCAUUUUGGACGAUAUCUAAAUGCGAUACAAAAAUUGCGCUCAAGUUUUGAAUGCAUAUUCAAUGUAAAAAUGGACAAUGUAAUACGGAAUAACACAGGAUCGCAAGAAAAUUUACCGUCGACCAGCUCUGUAGAACCCAUAUGUAGAAAAGUUUCGCAGAUCAGCUGUAUAACAGCUCCGAACCGAAAACGUACACAUACGGAAAAUGACUACCCUGAUCAUGUGGCGCCGAAAAACAGGAAAAAAUUUAUCUACGGUAAUUAUGAUCGUUAUUAUGGCUAUCGGAAUAUCGAGGAGACACCUAAAGAGGACGUCCGGUUGCAGGCUUUCAUUGAACAAAAGCACCUGAUUACAGGCAAACGAGUGCUGGAUAUUGGAUGUAACAACGGAUCUUUGACAAUUUUGAUUGCACUGCAUUGUCAGCCAACUAGUGUAGUAGGAAUUGAUAUUGAUGGAGAUUUGAUAGGAAGUGCUCGGCGACACUUAACGGCAAAACUCAAGUCGUGUCUGGCAGAAAAAAUUGACACAACCCCACUAAAAUCCGUUGAGUUUCGACGGGCGAAUUACGUCUAUCAGGACGAAGAACUGCUGAAAAACGAGAAACCUCAGUUCGACGUAAUCUUCUGUCUUUCCGUCACUAAAUGGAUACAUCUAAAUUUUGGAGACGCCGCUAUUAAGCUAACAUUUAGGCGGGUAUUUCGACAGCUAUGUGAUGGUGGUAUUUUUGUCCUGGAGGCUCAACCUUGGAGUAGUUAUAAACGAAAGAAAAAGUUGACCCCUCAAAUAUAUGAAAACUUCAAGCAGAUUCAGUUUCGGCCUGAUGAAUUCUGUCGAUUUCUUAUGGGCGACGAGAUAGGAUUCCGGGAAACGUUCGAAUUAAAGACUGCAAGUCAUGUAAUGAAGGGCUUCAGGAGACCGAUUCAUAUUUUUAGAAAGUAGCGUCGAGAAGGAGAAUGUAAGUCAUCUGAAUUUCUGAAAUAUUUAAAAAAAAAUUGUUGAAUUUGUACAA